AUGAGUGUUCUUAUAGAAACCACAGCUGGUAAUAUUACAUUGGAUCUUUUCGUUGAAUCUCAACCAUUACCAUGCUUCAAUUUUCUUAAACUUUGCAAGUUAAAUUAUUAUUUCUUUACUCCAUUCCAUACUAUUGAUAAAGAUUUCUCAGUUCAUUGUGGUAAUCCAAAUUAUCCAAACCCUCCCAACAUUAUAUCUUCGAGCAUUAUAGAGGACACUCAAUUCCAAGACCAAAGUUUAUCCCCUUACUUAUUGGCCCCCAAAUCAACCAUAAAGCCAACUCUUGGGACAUUUUCAUUCGUUAAAUCAAUUCAUGAAAAUCAACAAGUAUUUGAUUCAAGAUUUAUAAUCACCUUAAGUGAUUCAUUCGAUGACUCUUUAGAAAAUCAAGUGAUUCCAUUUGGACAAAUUAUAGAAGGAUUCACUGUUUUAGAAACAAUUAAUAAUACCCCAAUAGAAUCCAUUGAAUUGAAACGUCCACUUCGUGAUAUAAGAAUUACAUAUAUCCAUAUUUUACAUGAUCCAUUCCCUGAUCCUAACAAUUUCCAUCCAUAUCCAUUAGAACCUUCUGAAUUCCAACUAUCAACCAUGAGAUUCCCAGAACUUUCAAAAACUACAAAGGAUAUCAAUUCUGAUAAUAACAACGAGUAUAAUGCAUUGACACUUGAAUUGGUUGGAGAUUUGCCUCAUUACUCGAUAAAGCCAUCUCCAGAAACAUUAUUUGUGGCCAAAUUGAAUCCAAUUACAACUUCUGAAUCUUUAGAAAUUGUUUUUGGAAGAUUUGGAAAUGUUAAAAAUGUCAAUAUCAUACUUGAACCAAAAACUAAAAAGAGUUUAUGUUAUGGAUUUGUUGAAUAUAAUGAACAACAUGAAGCUGAAUCAGCAUAUAGGAAACUAUCCAAAGGAUGUGUGAUCGAUGGUAGAAAACUUCAUAUUGAUUUUUCCCAAUCAGUAAGAUAA